GGCCGUCUACCGGGUGUCGCACAAAAGGGGAACUUAGACACGUUUUAUUUUUUAGUUUGUCUUGUGUCUGCAUACAUGCAGAUCUUGAAACAUUUUUACUUGGAUUUUCGUCUCGUAUUUAAAAUAUAUAUAAAGAUAGCAUACACAGAUUUUAUACACAUAGUUACUACUCAGAGUUUUUAUAACAGUUUUUUUACAAACAAAUAUAAACUACAUGUGUGCCAAUACCACAUUGAUUUUUCUGAUGAAAGGAUAAGAGAAUAAAAAGGCGCUUCGGUGACUUGCUAGCAAUGGAUCAACACUGGACUAAUUAUAUGUAGCAUUUUAAAAUCUGAAACAUCAGGAUGGCGAGCUGUCUGAUGGCAGAGAGACUGACUUUCAACAAUUGCUGUUGCCGAUGGUGAUGCCAAGAACAUGAACUCGGUGUAUUUCAAAGUUACUGUGGGAAUAAUACUUCUCUCCCUUGUCUUCAUAGCCGCGGUUUUUAACUUCUGGCAAUACCCGAUGGUUUUGAUGACGUAUAUCUCUGCUCCAGACUGGAGAGGUCGGGAAUCCCCCAACACCAUUCAAGUAAACUACAUGAAUGUCACCACCGAACCAGACGGCGAUAUACUAGUUUCAUGCCCAUCUUGCACAAGUCUCAGGACAAUUCAGUCUUUCAACACAACUUAUCGGUUGACGUCAUCAGUGACGCAACUCUCGACGUCAUUACCGACCCAGUUCACGACGUCAUCAGUGACUCGUCUCUCGACGUCAUCAUUGGCCCAGGUCACGACCUCUGCAGUGACCCAACCCACGUCUGCUAGCAGUACGACGCCAGCGGUCAGUGCUGCACUUAGCGACCUGCCCCUGUACGUAGUUGUGAAGGCGGGGGGUCUGAGAGGUCGACUCGGCAACCACAUGUUCAUCUAUGCAGCUCUGCUGGGUAUCGCAAGGAUUCAGAACAGGACUCCGGUACUGGAGGAAGGGAAGUCGCUGGCCAAAGUUUUUAGGAUCAACCACAUAGAGAGGAUCAACACGACUGGCUGGAAAAACGUAAACCAUCAAAGGUUUGGCGUCUUUGACAAAACGUUCAUGAACCUACCCAAUGAUAACGUGACAAUCACAGGGUUUUUUCAGUCGUGGAAAUUUUUUGUUCACGUUCAGGACGAGAUUCGACGAGAGUUUACGUUCCAUCCAAACAUCCACGAGAAGACAACCCGUUUCUACAACAACUUACGUCAGAACAACACGGACUUGACGUUCAUUGGUGUUCAUGUGAGACGAUCCGACUUUUUAGCUUCAGGGCAUAUCAAAGCGGGGUAUGGUGUACCGCAGAGGUCAUAUUUCAUGAAAGCGUUCAGCUACAUGAGAGAUAUCCUGUCGAACAACACAAUGUUUCUGGUCGCCACGGACGACAUGGAAUGGUGCAGGAAAAAUCUCAACGACUCAGACGUGAAACUGUUAGAGCCGGACUCAGCAGAAAAUCACAUGAGUAUUUUGUCUAGGAGCGAUCACGUGAUAAUCUCUGGUGGAACUUUUGGCUGGUGGGCGGCGUGGUUGGCUAAAGGUUUCACGAUUUACUUUAAAGGUUUCCCCAUCCCAAAUUCGAGACUGUCUCACGACUUAAAUAGAAAGGAUUUUUACCCACCUAGCUGGAUAGCCUUAGAUAACUAGACUCAGCUCUCUAAAAAAUAAAUCAUUAGC